UCAUAUGAUGUACCAGAUGUCUUGAAUUAUUUGGUCUGAUUUGAGUUUUCAUUUCGCACAACUUUAUCUUACCUGGAUGUUGUUUUCUUCAGCAUGUGCAUCUGUUUUGGAUGUCCUUUGUUUUGGUUCAAUCUCUGGUCCAAUAGAAACGUUUUCUCUCACUUCCCCUUGGCUACAUUUCUUCCUAUGAGCAAAAGAUGGCGCUGACAGUCCAGAGAGAUGGCAUGCACAGACCAACUUGGUGCCACUCUGAAACAUUGAUUAUACUGUUUUUACCACUUGAUUGCCACAUUUUAAUGAGGAAUCCUUUAUAACUGGUUUAUUAACCAUGUCUAAUGGGAUUUGCAAUGGUAUAUACAUCAUUUGGAAAUGCUCCACCGCUCAGUUUAAAGCUCAUUGUGGGCAAGUUGUAAUAAAAAUCCCUAUGGCAGGUGUUAAUUUGGCAAUAAAGCCAAAUCCAAAUCAUAUGUAGACUUACUUAGUACGCUACUUGUUACAAAUUACAUGGCAAUUGUUAACAUACUCCACUGGAUUAAAGAAACAUUGUGUGUCUCCUUAACGUAUCAUUAUGUCAACUUCAAUGUACAGGUUUUCAACACAUAAUGUUGUUAUGAUAUGAUGAGUUUUGUUUGUAGUUAGCACCUACAUUAAGUCUGACAAGUUGUUAGAGGGGGAAGUGAAAUGACCCACUGUUUCAGGGACUUUUACAGCAGGUCUACACACAAUCAUCAGGUUUGAUGGUGGACGCUGGGCCUCUGAACUGAAAAUGUGACCUUAAAAUGAGUGAUUAUCCUGUUCUGUCGAUGGGUAACCUGCACAUGUUAUCAUGAAAAACACUAAAUGGGUUUAUGUGCCAACUUCCAAUUGAAAAAAAAAAUGGAUUUCAGCAAAAAUCAAACAUUUAAGCCACUUGUCUUAUUGCUGUUGGUCAAAUAAAAUAACCAAAUAACCAUCAUUAAAAGACGUAACCACUUUGUUAUCAGUAAUGCCUGACUAUAGCCUAAUUUCUUAUAUUUUCAAGUGUAACCUGGGCUGGUUGUCGUCAGAGUAGUUUACCCCAGUUACACUGCGUGUCUCUCUGCUUCACAUGUGAGACUGUGGCGCCCUCUGGCGGCACAGGAGCAGCAGUGCGGCGCGAUGGAGCGAUGUUUAUUGUUCUCCUGUGUGCGUGUCGGGUAACUUUAUUCAGCAAGAGGUCACUUUUGUUUUCCCGCUGCCCGCUUGACCUCCAGGCGUGAGGUGAGCUGAAGGGACAUGAGGACGGAUGGAGAGUCGAGUUUGAGACGGAGCUCUUCGCGGAGUCUCUCUGUGGAGGGACGAGAAAGUCCAGACGCGCUCAGAGCAUACAGGAGCGGCGUAACGGGGGAGUGAGGGGAGGGAGGACGGAGCAGACACCGGCCGGUCUGCUGCUGCUGCUGCUGCACACACACAGACAGUCAGACAGACAGAGACAGAGACAGAACUGCAGGGAGGAGGACGAGCCCUGCUUCACCUCUCAGCCACACCGAAGCUCCGCUGGAUACAUUUUGGGACGGCUGCGGGGGUCAGUGAAGGCAUCAUGGUCGUGUCGGUGCGGAGCUGGGUCGCCAACGAGGGAGGGAAGCACUUGGUCCUGAUGCUGUGGCUGACAGCGAACACCUGGCUGUUCCUGAAGACCUUCCUGCUGUACUCCACGGGACAGCAGUAUCACUACCUCUACAAGAUGCUCGGGCCGGGGCUGUGCAUCAGCAGGGCGUCUGCGUCUGUGCUGAACCUGAACUGCAGCUUGGUCUUGUUGCCCAUGUGUCGCUCCCUGCUCACCUUUGUCCGAGGAUCACACACGGUCUCAAGCAGAAAGACUCGUCGACUGCUGGACAAGAGCAAGACCUUUCAUGUAGCCUGUGGAGUCGCCAUCUGCAUCUUCUCUGUCGUGCACGUGUCUGCCCACCUGGUGAAUGUCGUCAACUUCAGCGUGAGCUACUCGGACGACUUUCCGGCUCUCAAUUUGGCCCGCUACAGAGGAGAGGACCCCAAGCUGAUCAUUUUGACCACAAUCCCUGGAGUCACGGGCGUCCUGUUGGUUCUCAUCCUCUUCCUGAUGUUCACGUCCUCCUCCCACUGCGUACGGGUGUCCAACUAUGAGAUCUUCUGGUACACACACAACCUCUUCAUCGUCUUCUACAUCAUACUCAUGGUGCACAUGGUCGGAGGAGCCUUGAAGUACCAGACCAACAUCGAGGCCCACCCUCCCGGCUGCCUCCGAGCCAAUCAGAGCGGCGCUGAGCAGCAAGGCGAGGAGCUGGAGCAGGGAGAGGAUGAAGAGAGGAGAUGCAGAGAGGAGGCUCACUUCCAGCCUCACUACCCCCAGACAUGGCUUUGGGUGUCCGGUCCUCUCUGUCUUUACUGUGCUGAGCGUUUCUACCGCUACAUCCGGAGCUGUGACCCUGUUACCAUAGUGACAGUCAUCAGGCACCCGUGUGAUGUCAUCGAGUUGCGUAUGCUGAAGAAGAACUUCAAAGCUCGUCCAGGACAGUAUAUUGUUCUUAACUGUCCAGGUGUCUCUUCAUUUGAGAACCAUCCCUUCACGCUAACAACAUGUCCCACAGAGAACAAGGAAACUUUCGGCAUCCAUCUCCGAGUCGUGGGAGACUGGACUGAGCGAUUCACACAGCUGUUACUUCCUAAACCAAGGAUCGACCUGGAGAUCCUUCCCAUGGUGCAACAGAGGAGGUAUCCCAAGCUCUAUGUGGACGGUCCCUUUGGAAGUCCAUCAGAGGAGGUGUUCAACUACGAUGUCAGCCUUUGCGUUGCGGGUGGAAUCGGAGUCACGCCGUUCGCCUGCGUGCUGCACGCCCUGCUUGACGGCUGGAAGGGUUUCAGGUUGCAGAGGUUGUAUUUUGUGUGGGUCUGCAGGGAGCUCCAGUCCUUCUAUUGGUUUGCUGAGCUGCUGUGUGCCGUGCAUCACAAGCUUUGGCAGGAAAACCGACCGGACUACUUCAAUCUGAAACUGUUCGUCAGUCAGACAGACAACCUGCAGAGCAUGUCUGAGGAGAAAUACCGCCCGCUCACCUCAAGACUGCUGGUUGGUCGACCCAGGUGGAAGCUACUGCUUGAUGAGAUUGCAAAGACCAAUAACAAUAAGCGAGUUGGGGUUUUCUGCUGUGGACCAAAGGGCAUCUCCAGGACUCUCCACAGACUGUGUAACUCAGCCCGAUCCUCUGGAACAACCUUUGAAUUCAACAAAGAGUCCUUCAGCUGAUCCAGCAUCAGAGCAGACUUCACACUCCGAGCUCAACCCCAGCAACAAAAUUAAAACAAAACAAAACAAAAAAACCCCAGCAACACUGGGACCAAUUGAUUUUCAUACCCUUAGGAGUAAGUGGUCUUCAUUUGAAGUAAAUUCCUGGAUAUCUGAUUCUGGCUGAUCUUUGUUACUUGAAAUGUUUAACACACUCGGAACAGGCCAAAAGAACUUGCAUAUUCAUACACUGUGUCACUAUUUCAUAUGCAUCCCUGCCCAUGGUCAGUCUCAAAAGGCCCCAGCAGGAUAAGACUUUAACAAACAGUACGAGGCCUGUUCCUCCCUGCAGACCAGCCUGACCCCCAACUGAGGACCCCCAAGAGCUUCAGCUUCAGCAUCUGAUGCAAUAAAUCUCUGAGGAAAACUAAAGAGACUUGCUCCCUGCUGGGAUUCUCCCCUCGUGGUGCGCUGUGUUUCUAUAGUUCCUGUUGGUCGUUGAUCCUAUCCCUUGUCCCUGGAGAAAAAAAAACAAAAAAAAAAAACAUCUGACACAACCUGCAGUUGCAUCUCUCAGUGCACCUGUACAGACUGCAGAGACCAGACAAACAACAAAACAGUGAAAGACCAGAGAUGUGGAACCACACGGGUAACCCAGCUGUGGUAACACAGCAGUAUGACUGACAGACUUCAUGUCACCUUUACUUGACACCAACAAGAUUUACUGAGCAAAAGUUUUGUUUUUUUGAGAGUCCCCACCCAGUACCACUUCAGGCUUUAGAUUCAGUAGCUUGUCUGUCUUCAUCCAUUAUAAAUACAUACAGGUACCUUCUUCUGUACACGACGUAAAGAAUUGACUUGCCUGGUCAUUUGAACUGUCAUUUGUCAGCACUCAAAAACUGCUGCCUGUAAGAAUUCAAACACUGCACUGUUUUUCCUCACACCUGUGGUGCUGUUUAUCCCUCUAGGUUGUUUUGGCAAAGUUUUUGAGCUAUCACCUGUAGAGUUGUCAGCCAUCUGACAGAUAUAAUGGAACUGGAUGACACCCUGCUUGUGGUGCUCAACAGCAAUGUCUCUUUCCAGAAAUCAUGACCUCGUUACUGAAGACAAUCCACAGACCUUGUUGUGAGCAGAUUCAUCAUGGGAAAAUUUUUUCCCAUGAUUAGGCUAGCUAACUAAGCUAGCUAAGCUAGGUAACCUUACUGCUCAGCCGAGGAGGACACAUUUAAUGUUUACAUUAGGACCAUGAGCCCCUUGUCCAAAAGUCUGCAACUCAAACCAAAGACAUCUAGAUGGACACAUAGGACUACAAAUGAGAGGGAAAAUAUGUAUGUUUUUAUUUUGGGGUGAACUGUCCCUUUAAGGUUUGAGAAAGCCUGAUAAUAGAAACCAUCGUAGGGGAAAAUACAUCAUCUGAUGAUUCAGAAACUAGCAGUAAAAGGUGAUGGGAUCUCAGCUCUGAAGAGAAAAUGUCAGGAGGCCAAACAGGUCAUAUGUCUAAGCUGAGAAACAGAACUAAGUUUUGAUUGUUCUGCAAGACUUUCAAUCAUCAGCAUCUGAGAAGGAACAGAACCAAAAUGGACACUUAAUUCAGUUUGUUUUCAUUUCAAUGUUUAACUAUUGGUCUUCUGUUCAUAUUUUGUGUAUCAAAGAUCUGUUUUAAUGCAAAGCAAACCUUCACUACACCUCAAGCCAGUAUUUUUAGUAUGUUGUUUUUCAAUUUAUUUAUAAUGUUUAAAAUUAUUUUAUGUUAUGUGAAAACUUCUGCAGGGCUUUGGCAAUUUUUCCACAAAGUGUCUGUCAUUACUUUUAUACGUAUCCAGAAAGUUGAAAGCAAUGCAGACGGAUAGAGAAUACAGAUGGCAGUUGAUAACAAUUAAUGUGUAAGUUUGACACUACAAUUUAAUAAGUUUUAUUGUGUUUUUAUUGGUAUUUUGAAAAAUGCCAAAACUGGAAAACACCAGGUGUCUGCAAAGAAUGAACGUCUUGAUAUUUCUGAUUUCGCGACUGAAACAAGCAUAUUCUCUCACAUUGUAAGUAGCCACCACUUAUUUAGCAUUUUGAAAUUUAAAUAUAUUUUCACGUUCAUUUGUAUAUUAAAUUUCAGGAUUGUCUUUUUUUUUUAAUUAAGAACAAGGCAACGUCUGAAAUAAAAGAGAUUGUCUAUUAA